AUGUAAGUACAGACAUCGAGGAUCUCUAAUUUUACUACAUUUCACUAUUACCAUACAAUAGUCGUAACUAAUAAUUCUUUUUAACGGUUUGAGGUUAAAAAUCGUUAAGCGUUAAAAUUUGUGUAUAAGUUCGAGUAUUUUGUAUUAGUUAAGAUGGAAGAAUAUGCUAGAGAACCGUGUCCAUUCAGGAUUAUUGAUGAUUGUGGUGGUGCUUUCGCAAUGGGUUGUAUAGGAGGUGGAGUAUUCCAAGCCAUUAAAGGAUUUCGUAAUGCGCCAUCGGGCUUCAAUAAACGCAUGGUUGGGAGUUUGACUGCUAUCAAAAUACGCUCUCCAGUGAUUGCAGGAAAUUUUGCAGUUUGGGGAGGAAUGUUUAGUACUAUAGACUGCACAUUGGUACAUUUCCGAAAAAAAGAGGAUCCAUGGAAUUCCAUAAUAAGUGGAUUUGCAACUGGUGGAAUUUUAGCAGCAAGAAAUGGAAUCCCUGCAAUGGCGGGUAGUGCUAUAAUUGGAGGAGUUCUGCUGGCAUUAAUCGAAGGUGUUGGAAUUUUAUUUACACGUCUUUCGGCGGAACAAUUCCGGAAUCCUACACCGCCAACCGAAGAUCCGACGGUGUUGGAAGGUGCAUCAAAAUCAUUCGGUUUCGGACAAACACAUCAACAGCAAUCGCAGUACCAGUGAAUAUGUAGAACAACCAACUUUAAAAUAAUUUUUAACUGUAAAUAAUCUUAUUCGGCUUCAACUGGUUUUGGAAGGAACACAAAUUUGUAAAACGGCAUAUCGAAUAAUUGUUUUUUCAAAUAAAAAAUAAUGGCCCUCAGACUA